CACAUCCCAAACCCAACACGCUGUGAAAACCAAUCCCUGCCUACACCCAGCCGGAUCUGAUGUGCUGACGUGUCGGCUCCUGAAGCCCAGUGCUCAUGCUCCAGCAGCAGAAUCGAGCCAGGCAACGGGACUGCCAGCAUGGCAGCAAAACACUUUUAUCGACAAGGCUUUUUAUUACUUCUAUUUAAUUUUAUCCCAGCUGCAGCCUUGGACAAAAGGUUCUCCAACUUUAAGAGAUGCGCCGAUGAGGAGUGCAGCAUGCUUCUGUGUCGAGGAAAGGCUGUUAAAGAUUUCUCAGGACCCGACUGUCGCUUCCUGUCUUUUAAGAAAUCUGAAACAGUGUAUGUAUACUACAAAUUGUCAGGAAUGAGGGAGGACAUGUGGGCCGGAAGUGUUGGAAGCAACUUUGGCUAUUUCCCAAAGCAUCUUCUCGCAGUGAACCAUCUAUAUACUGACAAAGAGCUUGAAGUUCCAGCCGAGGAAACAGAUUUUGUCUGUUUUGACACUGGAUUUGAUAAAUUUGAUAAUUACAAUAUAGAUUUACUAUUAGGCUCAUCACUGAAGGAGAGCGAAAGUGAGAAUAAGGGAAUAUCUGACCAAGUGCCAGAGGACACUCACACAAAAGAAACGCACUCAUCGUCAGCACAAGAGGAACCUGAGAGUGAAAAUCCAGCUGAGCUUGAUGACAAACCAGAGGUUUUUGGUAAAGUCCCAGACAAUCCAAGUGCCUCUUUACACAAACUUGUCAUGGCAACUGAACUGCCUCCAACAAAAGUAGUAGAGUCUGAUACAUCAGCUCCCCUUGAUGCUACUGGAAAAGCUGCUGAGGGCGUAUCAGGCGUAGUUGUUGAAAAUGUUUUAGAACACAGCAAAGCCAAAGAUAUACCUACAAAAUCCGAAGCGGAACGUGGGCCUGAAGACGUGAGGAUGAAAGAAAAGGAAAUCAAACCUGUCCCAGUUUCUGAAGGAGUGAAAAUCCCUGAGUUGAAAACAACUUUUGGAACAACCUUUGAUGCUGUUACCACAGAUGAAGAAAUCACCAAAAAGGUCACCCCAUAUGAAGAGGAGGAAAGCAAAGAUGUGGAAAGUCAUCCUGACGCUGGUGAUGUUAGGGAGGAAACCCCAUUGCUUUCUUUCUCAAAAGAACCUGUCAAUAUUCCUGCAUCUGACUCCUUCAGACUGCAGGAAAUUCCUACAGCAACGCCUGAUGAUAAACCUGUCCCAGUUUCUGAAGGAGUGAAAAUCCCUGAGUUGAAAACAACUUUCGGAACAACUUUUGAUGCUGUUACCACAGAUGAAGAAAUCACCAAAAAGGUCACCCCAUAUGAAGAGGAGGAAAGCAAAGAUGUGGAAAGCCACCCUGAAGUUGGUGAUGAUGCUAGAGAAGAAACCCCAUUGAUUUCUUUCUCAAAAGAGACUGUGAGUUCUCCAGCAUCUAAAACCUUCAGACCGCAGGAAAUACCUGCACCAACGCCUGAAGAUGAACCUGUACCGGUUUCUGAAGGAGUGAAAAUCCCUGAGUUGAAAACAACUUUCGGAUCAACUUUUGAUGCUGUUACCACAGAUGAAGAAAUCACCAAAAGGGUCACCCCAUAUGAAGAGGAGGAAAGCAAAGAUGCGGAAAGCAAUUCUGAAGCUGGUGAUUAUGUUAUAGAAGAAACCCCUUUGAUUUCUUUCUCAAAAGAACCUGACAAUAUUCCAGCAUCUGACACCUUCAGACUGCAGGAAAUUCCUACAGCAACGCCUGAUGCUAAACCCAAGGCAGCAGAAGAAAAGAACAUGUGGACGUCAAUUGGAGAUGCAGUUUUUUCUGCUGUCACUGGAGUAGAGACAACAACACAUGAUGUGAGUUCAGAUGAUGAGGAAGAUGAAGAGGAGGAGGAGGAGGAAGAAGAAGAAGAAGUUGUUGCAACACCCCUUUCAAGUUUUGACGAAUCUAAAAUAGACGGGAAAGAACCACUAAAUACAGAUCCACAAAAAGUACCAGAAGAAUUAGGUGAGACCCUUCAGGAUCCUCAUGAGCUUAGCAUUGUUCAGGCAGAGGAUGAGGAAGAGGAUGCAGUCAGUGAUUCUGAGGAUGAAAGCGAUGAAGACGGAAUAGAACAUGAAACCGAUUUGGAUGAAAUCUUAGAACCUACUGACGAAACUGUAGAAACAGAUAAUCACACAGAGGCUAAUGUUGUGACAGUUCAUUCAGUAUCACAAGCUCACAUUUCAGCAAACCCUGAGGUUGAAAAAUCAGAUAGUAAAAUAACAUAUGAACCAGAAGGAGAUGAGACUGUAACCAAGGUUUCAGAGACCAUUGAGGAUGUGACAGAUACACAGGACAGCAGUCCUGUGACCGAAACUGUGUCUGCUCAAGAAUCAACCACUGGAAAAGAUCAGGGCUCUGAAAAGGUGCAGUUAAAUGAUUUAGUCAGGAAGGAAGAGAGGAUGGUAGAUAACAGCCUUCCUAGUCAGACACAUGAUGCCUUGGUCAAAGAUGGAGAAAAGAUGGUAGAAGAAGAAACUAUAGUAGAUGCCAGUCCUCCUGAUCAAAUUAACGACCCUUCACCCAAUCACAUUGCAAAGAUAGAGGAUGCUAGUCUUCCUAGUCACAAACAUGACACAGAUUUAGAACAUAAUGACAAGCAACAAGAAUUAGUGGAUGAGCCAGAGGUUCAUGAUGAAGUGGAUACAGAGGAGACGGAAGAUGAGGAUGAUACAGAAGAGGAGGAAAACGAGAAUGAGGAGAAAGAGGAACUACUUGAAGAUGAAAAUGCACUUUUACUCUCUCAGUCAAAUGAGACCGACUCUGAAAAGCCCCCACCUGAACCGGUGGUUCCGGACAGCGAGUCGGUGCCAGAGCCAGACUACAGCGACAGCAUAUUGAGACUGACUCUGCUGCGAGAACACUUCACAGAGGAACAAAUGCUUCGAUUCCAAAAGCUUCUGGGCCUCAAGAAUCUGAUCAGAGCGGAGGCCAUGUUCUCAGACCUGGACACAGAGCUGCGGGCUACUCGUCUGUCACACGCGAGCACCACCACACAGGACAUAGAAAAUGCGCUUGAGAGCAUCCUGGAGGCCUCAGAGACUACCAUCCUGGAUGAGAUCGAGAAGAUGCUGGAUAGCCAGAACUCGAAAUACAACCAUGAGCACCAGAUGGAUACGACGGGUUUGGACGAAGAAGCAGAUUUACUAGAUGGUUUUCAAGAGCUUGCAUUUAGUCUACGGCACCAAUAUUCAACAUUCAGAGACAGCACCCCUGUAGCAACGGAACAAGCAUCAGACAUUGACCAGGAUAAACCUGAAUUAAACAUUACGGACGUUCCCCACCUACUUGAAGAAGACGUGGUUGCCAGUAUCACCGAGAACGAGAACAAGAACGGUGACAACGUGCCAGUAACCGUUCACGAGGAAAGGCCGGCUGUCACCAAAGAGGAGCAGGUGGGCUCGGAUGCCGUGCACGUUGGACGGGACAUCAGCGUGGAGGAGGACGGUGGCCACUUCAAUAAAAACAAGGACAAUCAGCCCGGCUUCAGUGAACCAGACGAAAUGCAGAAGAUCCCACAAGAUACUCUGGAAAAUCCUUUAGAUCUGGGUCUUGGUGUCAAGGUGGAGAACUCGCCCUCAGGAUCUUUGGACUCAAUGGAACCAGUAUCAGAAAUCCAUGAGGAGGAGGUGGGCUCAUUCUCAACUGGAGCUGCAGUCAUGAGCGGCUUGUUUUGGAUGUGCAAGAGAAAAGUGGAGGAGUGGACUAUUACAAUGAUUUCACUACUGCCAGAUGAAUGGAAGCCAGGAGAAACCUUCUUCGGCUGUCCCUGGCAAGCAGUUGUUGCCACUGCUUUGGUUGGAAUAAUGAGCUUCACCCUCUUCUUCUGGAGGACUGUGUUGGCAGUAAAGAAAAAAGAAUAUCUUGUGGAUGAAAAAAAGCUCACAGAGCAAAUCCAAGCACUGAAAAAAGAGAAGAAUGAUGUUAUGGAAAAAAUGUCUGAGUUACAGAAACAGACUGAGCAUCUAAAAGAAAGUCAGAAGCAGUCAAAAAAAACUGUCAGUUCUACAAUGAAAAAGGUUGAAAACCUGGAGAGUAAAGUGUUGGAGACAGAAAAACAGAAUGAACGGAUGGUUGAAGAAAAGAACACGUACAUAAAGUUACUGGAAGAAGAAAGGGCAAACUCUCUGCAGAAUCAAACAAGGAUUGAUAAACUUGAGAAGGCAAAUGAAAAGCUACAUCUCAGCAGGAAGAAGAUUCAGGAAGCGUUUUCUAAGACUGCUGUUCUCCUGGAUGAGGCCAAAAUCCGUGAAGAUGCUCGAAAUGUUCAUCAGAAAAGUCUUGAGAAAGAUUAUACAACUCUAAAAGAAGAGAACAAAACACUUAAAACCACUAUUAAGAACUGGGAGGACAAACACCUGGAGCUGAGUGAGCAGAUUAAAGUCUAUCACAAGUCCCAAAAAGAUCUUGAGGACUCAUUGGUUCUCAAAGAUCACAAUGUGGAGGUGCUGUCUGAACUUCUAGCUGACCUUGACGCUUGUGAUUUACAAAAGGUCGACAAUAAAGUUUUAGCCAAUGGAGAAGUUGCACCUGACAAGAAGACGGCCAUAAAGAACAGGAUCAAACAGAUGAUGGAUGUUUCCCGGGUCCAGACGACUCUCAGUGUCGUGGAAGAGGAGCGUGAUCGCUUCAUGACCAAACUACUGAAUGAAGAAAAGGCCAGAAAAACACUGGAAGAACAACAUCAGGAGCUGGAGCAUUCUAUUGCAACGCUCAAGAGCGAGAAGAGCCACGUUGAAAACCAGCUGACGAUCCUGCAGCAGAAAAAUGAAAUCAUGGUUGAAAUGUACCAGCAGAAGGAAAACGCUCUACAGCAGAGAUUAACAAAGGAGGAGCUUGAGCGACGCAGCAAAGAGAAUCUGCUCUCUGAAGUGGGAGGAAAAGCUCUCGAGGCUGAGGAGCAGGUGAAAGUCCUCAGGCAACGCAUUAAUGAAAUGGAGGAGCAGAUGAAGAAGACAGAGGAAGUCUACAAGGAGCAGAUAAAAGAACAAGAAAACAAAACACACUCAAACUGGGUGAACGCCCGUAAUGCAGAGAGAGCCCUGAAUCAGGAGAAGCUUGAAUCAUCGAAGCUUAGGGAGAAACUGGCUGUGCUCACGUCCCAGCUCAACGACCGCCGCGCUCCUCUCUUCAGACCCAACUCUGGACAACCCUCAGGCCCUCGGCAAGGUGACUCAUACGGGCCCUCUCCUGUGAGUGGGGGAGCUCCGUCCCCUCCAAUAAUGAUAGAGGGCCCCAGGCGCCCUCCUUCUGCCCCAGUGGGGCGGCGAAUUGACCCGUAUGGUCCACGACCUCCAUCAGAUCCUCAUGGCCGUUACGCUGAGAACAAACACAUCCCUGGGAUGGACAUGAUGGGCCCCCGCAGCUCAUCACCAGCCAACAUGGAUGUGUCUACACAAGCAGUAAAUCCACAGAUUAAAGAUGAGGCUCAGGCUGAGGCCUCCACAGAGAGUCCAGAGCCAGGUCCUGGAUCCUUUCUUGCAUCUCCAAUCCGGGACUCUCCUGGACCGAUGGUCCAAGGACCCCUCCCUGGCCCUGGACCUCACGAGCCACUCUUGCCUCCUGGACCCCACGGACGUCUGCCACCACCCGGAAUGUACAGACCCCCACGACCUGGCCCCUACCAUCUCCCACCUGGACCCCACGGUCCUGGUCCAGUUAUGCCUCCUCCUCUACAUGGGCCUCCACUACCGGCCAACGGACAGCCAGGAAUGCCAUUGCCUGGACCAAUGGGAGGAGAUUUUGGACCUCGACCUGCCAACGGUCACACAUUCCUCCCCAGACCAGGCCCCGGCCUUAUCCCUGAUCCUCGGGGUCCAUUACCACAACACUUCCGUCCCCCUCUGCCUUCUCAUCUAGGGCCACUUCCUCCACCAACCGGUAUCCGUGGACCUAUUGGACCACGGCAACCCCUCCCUCCUGACAUGCGAUUCCCAGGCCCACAUGACCACACCCGCUCACCUAUGGACAUGCCCCCAGGUGCCCCACCUCAUCCAGCCAAUGCUUAUGGUCAGGCUCCACCCAGCGCUCUCCACAACUCGGUGGGAGCUCACAGUGGACCCAGACAGGACCUGCAUAUGAAGCAGGAGGCCCCUCAGGACUCAGUGAAGCCAGCAAUGGUCAAGCCUUAAAAAUACCACCAGCUACAUCACCCAUCACCUUGAACCGUUGUGUUGACAUACCAGAUACAGUCCAAACAUAGGUCAUGAUUAUUUUCAUAUUUUAGUUCUAAAAUAAAAUGUUUAUUUCAGUUAUUUUUAAAAAAACAUGGUCCUACAAUUAAAGCAUCAUCAUUAAUCGUGUGUAUGUUGAAAAGAGUUGCCACUUUUUUACAAAGCCUAUUGUGCAAUAACAUUCAUUAUAUGCCAUAGGAUUUGUGUUGACCUUCUGAAAAAUUAUAUAGCAGCGAUUUUUUUUUUUAAUUUAAGGGGCAAGAUUUUUUUAAAUGUCAUUUCCUGUGGAAAUUAUUUUAAAAUAGAGGAGGGGUGUAGCUUGUAGCAUUUCAGGAAAACCACCAUUUUCCCAAAGCUGUCGCUUUAGAAUGAACUGCAAAGCAAAUGUGUAAUUUGAUGGCCAGAUGUAUAACUUAUUUUACUAUGUUGGUAGAACUUUUAAUAAUAAAGAAUGUAAAAGCA